UUCUUCCAUUGCCUCCUCUCUCUCUGUGUGGAUCUCCUUCAUUUGAUUUAAGAUAGGAUGGUGAAAGAAUAGGAGACUCUUAUUUUAGCAAUGGAGGGCAAGCACUCAGAGAGGCAGCCGAUAGGGAUGACGGCUCAGAUCCAAGAUGAAGGCAAGGACUACAGGGAGCCGCCGCCAGCUCCUCUGUUCGAGCGGGGUGAACUAACCUCGUGGUCGUUUUAUCGGGCUGGGAUUGCAGAGUUCAUGGCCACUUUCCUAUUUUUGUACAUCACUGUGUUGACGGUGAUGGGAGUGGUUAAGUCGAACACCAAGUGCUCGAUGGUCGGGAUUCAAGGGAUCGCUUGGGCUUUUGGUGGCAUGAUCUUCGCUCUCGUAUACUGCACUGCUAGAAUUUCAGGAUAGGUUCACAAAUGACUUCUUUUUUUACAAUUAAGAAGUAGCAUACGGAGGAGGAGACGUGGGAGCUGUUUCUGGAAAUGACUUCUACUAUUGCUAGCUAGGGGAUUCAUGCUCCUAUAAGCAGAAGUCGAGUGCUCAUCGAAACAAAGCGGAGGACUCACUCAUUCGACUAAGAAUCUGGGAAUUCAGAGGUGGAUUCUUUGGCUGAUGGUUCUGCUCCUUCUUUCAGAAAAUUUUUUUACAUUUUUUUAUAAAAAAAUACACAUCAUCAAA